UUUUAAAAGAGGGUUUAAUGUGCUGCUUGUUAAAGUGGGUAAAACUCUCCACAAAUAUUCAACUCUUCAGGCUGAGGGACAUUCUACAUAAGAUGUCUGGAUUUCGCCAGUUUCUCCUGCACUUCUGCAUUCUAGGAUAUAUUGUCUGCAGCUCCAGGGCUUGGCAAGUAAAGAUGCCCAGCCAUAUCAAAGCAUUGCGGGGUUCCUGCCUCGUCAUCCCUUGCACUUUUAACUAUUAUCGGUAUCCACCUGAGAGACCAGAUCGUGUUGUUUGGUACCAGUAUGUGAGCCGAGGAUAUCCACUAGUUUACGACAACUGGAACCCAUCUGAUGUGAUUAAUGCAUAUCGAGGGAGAACAUAUGUUUAUACUUCAACAUAUGAAAAGACAUGCAGUCUAAAGAUCAACCCAGUGACCUGGAAUGAUGAUGGUCAGAGGCUUUAUCCCUGGGUUGAUCCAGAGAAUGUCGGGAAAAGCACCUACCGAUUCUUUGAUACAACUGUGACAAUUGAAGUUGUGGGCAGGGCAGAGGCACCGGAUAUUAAUAUAUUAGGAAGGCUGAAAGUUGGACAGUCUGUAACAGUGCAAUGCAGCGUUUCUCACACCUGCUCUACAAAUCCCCCAACUCUGAGUUUGAACAUCCCACUGCGAAACCAUCAUCUACGCAAAACCCAGUACGAAGCGACAACCAAAACCACUCUGACCACCACUUUGUUCAUAGAGAGAGACUAUCAAAUUGUGGAGUGCUCCGUCCGACACCCUGGUGGCGCCACUGCCAAAGCCUCGAGAACCUUAAGUGCAGAAUGCUCCAUUUCGCCGUUGACUAUCAGCUCUACAUCAGAUGAGUUUCUUGAGGGAUAUGCGAGCAAAGUGGCCUGCACUGCUACGUACACAUGCUCUAAACAUGUACCGACUAUCACAUGGAACUAUGGUGGCAUGCCGGCCUCCACUGGUACCAGGAACGUUCAGGGAGGACUGUGGAAGACUGUGUCCACGCUGACAUUCACAUCAUCAGCCAGCAGCCAUGGAGGAUCUCUGACCUGCUAUGCACGGUUCACUGGGGGUCAAACACAGCAAGUGAGCAUCACCCUACGAGUAAAAAGGAAUAUGCUGUCUCGGGGUUGGUCCUUCACCACUCCUGGCAGCGUAACAGGACUGAGAGGCUCGUGUAUCAUCAUUCCCUGCAAAUUCACCUACAGCAUCCACCAGCCUUCUAACCUCCAAGUUAUCUGGUACAAGUACCAGAGCAGUGGAUACCCAGCUGUAUUCAACCAAAGAGGAAAUGAUGUUAUCAGUGAGUUCAGAGGGAAAACCAGCUUGAUGGGAUCUGUGAGUGAGAGCAAUUGUAGCCUCAAAAUCGAGAGGCUGGAAAUGUCCCACAAUCAGGUCCGACUCUACCCGUGGAUAGAUAAGAACCCCAUUACCUCCUUCCACACCAUGGGCCACUCGUUUUAUGAUAAAAGCACUCAGCUUGUUGUUUCAGACCAUGUACAGGAACCACAGCUGAGCAUCAUUGGUAUCCCCAGGGUGGGAGAGCAGAGCAGAGUGUCCUGCAGUGUACGUCAUACGUGCCUCUCUGAUCCCCCCACCCUCACCCUCAGUGGUAUACAUGGAACAGAUCGCACUGUGGACACUCUGGUAUCUGACGGGAUGUGGGAAACAACAGUGGAGCGAACCUGGACUGCAGCAGAAGACCACCAGAGCGUCAAGUGCUCUGUAUCCUACCCAGGUGGUCAGAAAGCCUCAAAUGAGCUCAAACUGAAUGUUGAAUGUCCGUACGAGGAAAUCAAAAUGGUUGAACCACCCGGCGAGGCCACAGAGGGUGUGGCACAGAGUGUUAUUUGUUCCGUUUCCUACACAUGCAAGAAGAACACACCAACCAUCGUGUGGAACUUUGAAGACAUGCAGAGUUCAUUAAGCACCAAACAGAUCUCCGGAAACAAGUACGAGACAGCAUCAAAUCUGACUUUUAUUGGAGCUCUGGGCGACGAUGGCAAACCUUUGACGUGCACUGCUCAGUUUAAAACUGGGGAGACGUCAGACUCUGUAACUCUUCAUAUAAAAAAAUACGUGAAACCAGUCGAAGACCCUCAUGAAAACGACACACUCCAUGCUCUGCCUGCUGACGUCCCCUUCAGGUUCAGCGCCCUGACACACUCCUGUGUGGUGAUUCCCUGCAGCUUCCAGUACGAAGACAGUGUCCCUCUGAGUCGUGGCAUCUGGUCCAAAAAGACAGGAGGCGUUGUCUUCCAUAAUGGCCAGAGCAAAGUAAUCGACCACUUUAAGGGCCGAACCAAAAUGCUAGGAGAUCUGAACGAAGGGAACUGCUCGCUGGAGAUCGAUGACAUCAAACCCUUUGACAAUGGGCCCUUCUGCUUCCAUGCAGAGAGGGGUUAUGAAAAACACAGAUUCAACAACAGCUGCGUGUUUAUUGUCAUGAAAGCUUCCCCAGAUAAACCAGUGAUGACCGCAGUUCCAGCAGAAGUGGAUGCUGGUUCAACCAUAACCGUCUCGUGUUCUGUUGCACACACGUGUCAGUCGCACCCUCCCGUGUUCUCGUGGAGCGUCCCUAACCUGAGCAGUGAGGUCUCACACACCUUGACGUCGCGUGGCAUCUGGGAGACCACAUCCACCAUCACUUUCAUGGUCGCUGGAGGAGACGGAGUCCAAGGCCUGACCUGUACUGCCACCUUUUGGCGUGGCAAGCAACAAGCCAGCACUGUGAAGCUGAAUGUGAAAGGAUCACUCAUGUACCAGCUGAGAAGCUCACUUCCGGUGUCUGUUCCAGUCUCACUCGUAGUCCUGAUCGUCAUCAUCGUAGCUGUAGUGUUGAUGGUGUUCAUGUGCAAGAAAAGGAAGAACAGGAAUGACUCGCUGACACCACCACCUCGACCAGAGAAAAGGAGGUCACUGUGGGACAGAAUGUCAAGGAGAUUUCCUGAAGACAGGGAGAGACCUCCAAGGCCGGAAAAACGGAAGUCUUUGUGGAGGCGAUUUACCCGCAGUGCAGAGGACGAUCGCAUCGGGUGGCAAAAUGAGAGGUCGCCAAGGAAGUCAUUCUGGAGCAGGUUGUCAAGACACCAGGGAAAUACUGCAAACAUCAGUGUUGGCUAUUUAAACAACGCCAACGGUGUAGUGUUUGGCACUCAUGUCGACAAACCGCACUUUCCAUCCCCAAAGGACAACCGGAGGCGGCUUUAACCUCAUUAGGCCUGGAUUUCCAAAUGCAGAUCUUCAGAGACAUCUUGGAAAACAUCUCAUGCUUCCAGCAGCGUGCUUCUGUUGUUAUUUUAUAUUCAUACAUACUGCACAGUACAUGGGGGAGAAAUGAUGCAUGUAAACUUCAUUUCAUUUAGAAAAGACUUGAAAGAAAGAAAGGCUUGGUGAUCUAUUGUACAUGGAGUGUCCAGUAAGGUAAAGAUGUGAGGAGUAGUCAGACAUCGUGUUAAAGGCUUAGUGAUGCUAUGAGCUGUACGUAUUGUGGUUAGUCUGAUUGGUUUAGCAUUGGGGGGAACGAGCUCUAUUGAUGUGAUGUGGUGGUAGCAGGAAGAAAGAGAGUGAACGUCAAAACAUAGCUGCAGUAUGAGAUUAUUUUCCUGCUUCAGCUUCAGCUUCAGCUUCAUUUAAACAUCAUUUACUUCAUACUUUGAAGGAUGUAAAAUGCCAUUAAUCUGCUGCCAUGAUACUGAAUUUGUAAACUAGCUAAAAACAACAAUAAAGAUGCUUUUUUUCUCAUUUGA